AUGAGAAUAGUGGGUCUAACGGGAGGCAUAGCAUCUGGGAAGAGUACAGUUUCUAACCUCUUCAAGGCUAGUGGCAUUCCCGUCGUUGACGCUGAUGUCGUUGCUCGUAAUGUGUUGAAGAAAGGGAGUGGAGGAUGGAACAGAGUAGUUGCAGCUUUUGGGGAGGAGAUUCUGCUUCCUAGUGGAGAAGUAGACCGGCCUAAACUCGGUCAGAUGGUUUUCUCUGACCAAUCCAAGCGUCAACUUCUGAACAAGCUAAUGGCUCCAUACAUAUCAAAUGGUAUCGUUUGGGAAAUCUUGAAACAAUGGGCAAAAGGAGCUAAAGUGAUAGUUGUCGAUAUCCCUUUGUUGUUUGAAGUGAAGAUGGAUAAAUGGACAAAACCGAUUGUAGUUGUGUGGGUUAGUGAGGAAACACAGCUCAAGAGACUGAUGGAGAGAGAUGGGCUGAGUGAGGAAGAUGCAAGAAACAGAGUGAUGGCUCAAAUGUCUUUGGACUUGAAAAGAAGCAGAGCGGAUGUUGUGAUCGAUAAUAAUGGCGGUCUUGACGAUCUUAACCAACAGUUCGAUAAGGUUUUGUCUGAGGUCAGAAGACCAUUGACGUGGAGUGAGUUUUGGCGGUCGAGGCAAGGAGUCUUCUCGGUUCUUGGUUUGGUUACUUCAGGAUUGUUUGUUUGCAAACAGCUCAACAAUGGCUCUUGA